AUGAAAGUAUCCUCUCCAUAUUUUAUCCAAGAGUCCUCCCUACAAACGGUCUUGAGCAGACCACGCACCACGCCCUACGUUUUUGUUGUUGCUAGAUUUUACCUACAUUAUCUUACCACAAACCGGACUAAUAGUCAGCAAUUUGGUGAUGCUCGAGCGCCUCCCAUCGCACAACAUCGAAGCAGGACCAAAUCAGCUCCAUCCGUCAUUUGCCACGAUACAUCAUACACAAGCCUCAGUAUGGACCACACAGAGAGGAUGAAGGCAUCUUUCUGUGAUCUACCGCUGGAGAUUUGGGAAUCAAUCGCAGUGAACCUCGACCUUCCUGAUUACUUACAUUUCCGUGCCCUUUGCCGUCGGACAGCAUCUUUAUUUGGCCGCAAAGCUCUCAUUUCACCCUUGAGAAAUCCACGCUUGAAAAAUAUGCAGGCCCUUGGAAACAAUCAUCUGGAAAUGCAGGACAAAGAUAAACAAUUCGAACCACUUCAUCUCAUAUCACGAAGCCAUAUUUUAUCCCAGGCCUAUCAAGAGAACGGGUUGAUUCCAGAGGUCGAUGGUCUGGCCAAGCUUGGAGCAUCCUUGAAGUACAUCCCUUGUGGCGAUAUGGUUGAGCGCGCAGCUUGUUCGCGCAAUUAUAAAGAGCUAUUAAGUUGGCUGAUCAAGCAUGGUGCUUCUUUUCAAGAAGUUCCAGGUGGUAUUAAUCGGCUCUGUCUCGAAGCAUACGAACAAGGCGACUGGGAAAGGUUUCGCUGGUUGUUCCACCGAGGGGGGUCUCUAGAUAUUUUGGCUGGGGAGGUAUUCCAUUAUCCUGGUUCUUACAGGCCAAGGUCGCGUCUAGCUUGUCGUUCUCAUCGAGUCUCGCUAAAAAUGGCCCUGAAAGAGGGAGCAAGACCUGAUAGCCACCACGAGGCCUGGGCAAAUGUCGCAAGAUCGCGUCGACUUAAGUACUCAGUGACGGUUGGGGAAAGUUGA